AUGGACACCCUACGCAGGAGCCUUUCCCGUUGGAAGAGGUACCACAUCAAGGUCCACCUGGCCGAGGAGGCACUGCUCCCGCUGACGGUGCGGCCGACGGAUACCAUGAUGGACUUGAGAGCUUACUUGGUCCGGGAAGGCGUCACGUCUUGGAAAAAAAACUUCCACUACAAUGCCCGUCAACUGGACGAGCACGAAACGGUCAAAGAGGCCAAGAUCCAGAGUUCGGUGGUCUUGCUGGUUAGCGAGAAAAGGUAG